AUGGAUUCAUCGGCGUUUGUAGCAUCCCUAAUAAGUGGUGCAGCUACCGGUACAUGUACAGAUCUUGUAUUCUUCCCUAUAGACACUCUUAAAACAAGACUACAAGCUAAAGGUGGUUUCUUUGCUAAUGGAGGCUAUUCCGGAAUUUACCGAGGGCUGGGUUCUGCUGUGGUAGCUAGUGCGCCCAGCGCAUCGCUGUUCUUCGUUACGUACGAUUCGAUGAAAAGUUACCUAAAGCCUGUUAUACUAGAUCAGUUAGGAAACGAGGAGAUGUCAGAUGUUGUGACUCAUAUGUUGUCAUCUUCUCUGGGAGAAAUUAGUGCAUGUUUAGUCCGGGUUCCGGCUGAAGUUGUCAAGCAGAGAACACAGACACAUAAGAGUAACUCUUCCAUUAAGACGCUCCAAGCGCUCCUGCGCAAUGAGAAUGGUGAGGGAAUCAGGCGAAACCUGUACCGUGGAUGGUGGACUACCAUUAUGCGUGAGAUUCCAUUCACAUGCAUUCAGUUUCCGUUGUAUGAGCAGUUGAAAAAACAGUGGGCAAAGCACUUGGGUAAGAAAGAAAUCACGCCUUGGCAAUGUGGUAUCUGUGGAAGUGUGGCUGGUGGUGUUGCAGCAGCAGCCACAACUCCAAUUGAUGUCCUGAAAACGAGAAUGAUGCUACACCAUAGAUCAGUGCCCAUGCUGAAAUUGGCGAUGCAAGUCUAUAGGGAAGAAGGAGCCCUAGUGUUCCUGAAUGGCAUUGGUCCUAGGACAAUGUGGAUCAGUCUUGGCGGUGCAGUGUUCCUAGGUGUCUAUGAAACUGUUCACUCCCUUCUUCAGUAA